AUGUUGUACAGGUUAAGCCGUAAUGAAAAAACACUCAUUUAUUCGAAAGACAACAUAGAUGGACUUCCUUUACCAGAUAUUAUAUUUGCUUCGAAGUACAAAUUUAAAACUUCAUGUUUGUUGAUGCAAUAUGAUGGUUCGCAAACUGAUUGCCAAUCUUAUCUAAGCUCCCCCAAGCUUAAUAUCAAUAGACCAGAUAGACCAGGGUGGAUAACAAGCUUUACUGCUCAAAACAUUAAGUUUCUUGAUCCUGCAGGCAACCAUUAUAAUCGCAGCGUUGUUCGUAGAAUAAAUUUCGAAUUUAACAUAAGUGAUGAACUUUAUUUAACCAAUGCAGAUGCAGGAAUGUGGGCAAUUUUAUCUAACAGUGAGUCAAACAUUGUUUCUCAAAGUAGUUCGAUACAUGUUACAAGUGAUGUCAACUCUACGGUCUAUGCAAGUAUCUACAAUCUUGGUAAAAGUCAGCAAAACGUCUUCAAAAUUGAGUGGACCAUCCAUAAGUUUAUUAUUCAAAGUGCACUAAACGUCGUCUUUGGGCUAGCUCACUUUACAACAUUGCCCAUGCUGACUGUUACAUACGCUACAAACCCAAUUGUUAACAAUAACAACGUCUACGCACGCGUUUCCGUGGAACCUUCUUCCUAUAUGGUCAAAACCGAGACAGAAAAAUCUGAUAUGACAUUAUUCAGUGUGUUAAGCGUCUUAGGAGGUGAUAGAGCCAUAGACCCUUGGGGUUGUGUCCAACGUACACAGUUAAAACGCAUUGGUUUUCGCAAAUCGGUCAUUGAUCAAUUAGCGAAUAUUGCUUAUUGGGCUACGGAUAGGGGUACGGCUCUUAAAGGAGGAAAAAGUAAACCAACAUACACAAUUGAUAAGGAUAUAGAGAGUGGAAAGGAAAACUCAAUCAGUGGAAGUAAAGAAAAAAGCAUAAUUAGUGCCAAUACAGAAGGGGACACUGAUGACGAGAACGAAGAAGAAUGGACAAUGAAAAAACUUCGUUGUAAAUUUAAAACCAUGCAAAAACGACAGAAAGCAUUGGAGAACUUUCUGCAAGAUUAUGUUGUGGAUAUGACAUUUUAUAUUAAUAAUAACCAUUAUAAGCAAGAUAAAAAGACGGAUAGCAAUAAAGAAUGA